CCCCAUUCGGGUUCCGAGGCUUUUGUCUCAAAACCCCCUCUCUCUCUCUCUCUCUCUCUCUCUCUCUCUCUCUCUCUCUAUCAUCUCGCUUUCUUUAUUCACUUCAAGAUUCGAUAGUUUGCAAUGUGCCCGGAAACGAGGCUCCUUGUCUCUCCCUGACUCUGUCUCUCUUUGUAUGUUUCCGGGCUUCUUUAUAAAUGUCUCGCAUGAUUCGCCUCUUCUCUUCUGUUCCUUAACAAACUCUGCCCCUAAAACACAGCUUGCCUUAAUCUUAGGUUAGGGACGCUUAUGCCUUCUUUUCUGCUCUAACAGAUUAAUUCCGAAUCAGAGAUCUCUUCCCAUUUAUGGAGGUGAAAAGGGCAAUGGGCGAUGGAAGCAACAAGAAAAAAAAGGCUUCAUGGCCGAAAGCACUGGUAAAAAAAUGGCUCAACAUCAAGAUCAAAGCACAGGACUUUCACGCAGACGAUGCUGACUUCUGCCAUGAAUGGAGGAACAGUUUUAGAGAGAGAGAAGGAUGCACUGCUGCCACUCUCAAGAAAAGCAAAACUGUUAAGAAGAACGCCGACAGACCUCGCCGAUCCAAAUUCGAUUUCGAUCCAUCUCUCGUUAAACAAGUGUACAACAACUAUACGGUUUUCGUUGCCACAUGGAAUGUCGCCGGAAAAUCUCCCCCGAGUUGUCUGAGUCUCGAAGGUUGGCUUCCCACCUCUCGUCCAGCCGAUAUUUACGUUCUUGGUUUUCAGGAGAUCGUCCCUCUGAAUGCCGGUAAUGUUUUGGGCGCUGAAGACAACGGGCCUGCGAGAAAAUGGCUCGCUCUCAUCAGGAAAACAUUGAACAGUCUUCCCGACAACAGUGACAGCUGCCGGACUCCGUCACCGGUUCCCCACCCGGCCGCUGAGCUUGAUUCUGACUUCGAAGGCGAGUCUAUUGAGUCAAAGCCGUCUUUUUUCCACCGGAGGUCAUUCCAAUCCCUGGGCCAGAGCAUGUGGAUGAUGGACCAGGACAUCUCAGGCGUGCAGCCGCACCUCGACCGGAGGUUCAGUGUCUCUGACCGCGUCAUGUUCGGCCACAGGCCAAGGGAUUAUGAUCCGAACUUCAGAUACUGUUCGUCUGAUGAGGAUAAUGCACAGGCAGAUUCGCCCUUGUACUGCCACUACUUGCAAGACUCACCCGCCUCUAGAAGUGGAUCUUUAGUGACAGAUGACAGGGAAAGGCAGACGGAGAAAUCGAGGUACUGUUUAGUGGCGAGCAAGCAAAUGGUGGGAAUAUUCUUAACCGUGUGGGUAAAGAGUGAUCUCAGGGACAGCGUCAGGAACCUCAAAGUGUCUUGCGUUGGACGAGGAUUGAUGGGUUAUCUUGGAAAUAAGGGCUCGAUUUCAAUCAGCAUGUUGGUUCACCAGACGAGCUUCUGCUUCGUCUGCAGCCAUUUGACGUCUGGACAGAAAGAGGGCGACGAGCUGAGAAGAAACUCUGACGUUUUGGAGAUUCUGAGGAAAACCAGAUUCCCAAGAGUCAACGGUGCUGACGAAGAGCAAUCUCCUCAGACUAUUCUACAGCACGAUCGGGUAAUCUGGCUUGGGGACUUAAACUACCGCAUAGCACUUUCAUACCGGUCAGCAAAGGCCCUUGUCGAGAUGAGAAACUGGAGAGCCCUGCUCGAGAAAGACCAGCUGCGGUUAGAACAAAGAAAAGGGCGUGUCUUCGAGGGAUGGAAUGAGGGGAAGAUAUACUUCCCUCCCACUUACAAAUUCUCUGACAAUUCAGAUAGAUAUGCCGGCGGUGACAGGCUUCCCAAGGCCAAGAGAAGAACUCCUGCAUGGUGUGACCGCAUACUGUGGUAUGGGAGAGGCCUGAAUCAGCUAUCAUAUGCUCCGGGGGAAUCGAGAUUCUCUGAUCACAGGCCGGUGUACAGCCUGUUCUCGGCAGAGGUGGAAUCGAUAAGCAGAAACCGGAUCAGGAAAAGCUCCAGGAUCGAAGUCGAAGAGAUGCUGCCUCGUCCAUAGGGGUUUUACCGAACUCAGUGUAGUAACGGAUGCAUCAGAAGUCAUGUACAUGUGCAGAGGCAGAUGCCCAGGAAACACCAAAAAGGAUGGGAAAGAUACUCAGCGUGGUGGAACGUCCAUUGCUCAUGAAGAAUACAAUCCUUUCUGAUUAAGACAAAACGACAAACUAACAAGGAGCGAAUGUGCAGAAUCAUAAACAUUGGUGGGUUUGGAGCUCUGAUAUGAUGAGAGACAUGUGCGGAGGAAUCGACAGGCAUCUGGAGAAAAGGAGUGAAGAUUAUCUUGAGUCUGUAUUGGAUUUGUUUCUUUCAGAAGGUUAUUUUUGGAGGUAUUUUCAACGUGACCACUUAAGGUUUCAUAUAUAUGGUUUGUGAGGGGGUUUUGGGAGAUGAGGAGUAUAUUUCGGAAAGGUUUUGGGGCCGGGUCUCGAGAGAGAACCUCUCGUUAAACAAGUUCUUCGGUUUGUAUUUCCCUUGUUGAUCAAUCAAUGUCGUUGUUAAUUUGGAUUUUA